AUGUCCUGUUGUUCAUGCGUGGUGAGCUUUUACAGGGAGAUCCUGGAGCCGUUAUCCGUGAAUGCGUACGUGGAUGUCGCACUACAUGGGUCUUCGCUGCUCCAUGCUACGGGUAGAUCCCAGGAAGUCACCGAUGAAGACCGCAUCACCGCCAAUUCGCUGAAUGGGAUGACCUUCGUCUUCCAAAUCAUUUGUGUGGCCUUGACAUGGUGGUUUGGCUUUGUCACGGCAUACAUCGCGGUUACAAUGGUGCCCGCUUAUCGGGAUUCUGAGAGCCCUAGUUUCAUUAGAAGCACUGCACAUUGGUGCAUCAUCGGUGGCUGUGUGGCAGCUGCAUGCGCUUAUCCAUUCGUCAUGGUGUUCGAUGUCGCCUCCGACACGAUCCUUUAUCUCAGCACAGACACAGUCAUGGAAACGAUGGAAGAUGACGCAGGACACCCCACUGGCCGGGAUGACGUGCUCGGCGAUGCCCCAAUAAUGCGUAUGUUGUAUUCGAUUGCCGAGUCUGUUGGUUUGGGCUGUGGUGGUGGGCGACCAUGA